GUCGCUGCUGUCAGUCAGCCCGUUGUUGAAGCGAUGUGUUCCAGUGGAGCUGGAGCUUAGCCUAAAUGAAACAUCAAAAGGCAUUGAAAAGGAGUUCCCAGCAUAAGAAAUAAGCAGCAUUAAGGUGUAAGCCUUCAUGUCAUGCUACAUAUGUAUCCCAUCCUGAAUGCUGGUCCAGGAGGUUCACAUCACAGCAUGUCAUUGUGAAGAGGGAAUUUAUUAGGGCAGGAUGCAGUCUUCAAACCACCGACUGCGAGACAUGGAGCAGCACCACCCACUGCUGUCGGCAGGUGCAGAUGUCGAGACGGGGAGCCUGGCAGCCGGAGUGAUGGUUGGGGGUCCCCACGCGGGCCACACAGCGGGAAACCGUACACUGUGGUUCAUUCAGGACAGCUGUGGUAUGGUGUGUGCAACCAUGACCUGGUUUCUGGUGCUGUACGCUGAAUUCGUUGUAAACUUCGUCAUGCUGCUGCCCGCCAAGAACUUCUGGUACUCGCUGCUGAACGGGGCCACCUUCAACUCCCUGGCUGUGCUUGCAUUGGCCUCACAUCUGCGCACCAUGUUGACUGACCCGGGCGCAGUCCCCAAGGGCAACGCAACCAAGGAGUACAUGGAGAGCCUGCAGCUGAAGCCAGGAGAGGUCAUCUACAAGUGCCCAAAGUGCUGUAGCAUCAAGCCUGAAAGGGCUCACCACUGCAGUAUUUGUAAAAGAUGCAUCCGGAAGAUGGAUCAUCACUGUCCCUGGGUCAAUAACUGCGUGGGAGAAAAGAAUCAGAGAUUCUUUGUACUUUUCACUAUGUACAUAUCCUUGAUAUCUGCUCAUGCCCUGGGCCUCAGUGGGAUGCACUUCUUUACCUGUAUCAAAGUCCAGUGGAACGAGUGCAGUGAAUUCUCUCCAGGGGUAUCUGUGCUGAUGCUGAUCUUCCUCUGUCUCGAAGCCAUCCUCUUCCUCACUUUCACUGCUGUAAUGUUUGGUACGCAAAUCCACUCCAUCUGCAACGACGAGACGGAGAUUGAACGUCUUAAAAAUGAGAAGCCCACAUGGGAGCGUCGCAUGAGAUGGGAUGGAAUGAAAGCUGUGUUUGGGGGUCCGCCCUCUCUGCUGUGGUGCAAUCCAUUCACAGGCCUGCGUCUGCGGCGUCUGAUGCUGUUGACCCACAGUCGCCGCGGCGGGUCUGAGUUUUCUGUCUGAGAGAAGGGCAGACUAAUGCAGCUCACCAACACUAGGUCAUCUCUAAAGCAAAAUCUCUUACAUGCCCUACUUGGACGGGGCCAGGAUGGAUAUCUGCUCCCUGGAGUUGUCCUUCACGUGUGGGUGACAGUGAGACAGGCUGCUCCAGUGGGACUCCAGUGCAUCGCAACCACCACUGAAAGUUUGUAUUCUCACUCUCACAUGCUGAUGUAGACCCAACACCUUCGGGUCUGCACAAGUAUGGUAAACAGCUGGGAUAUGGUUUAAACAUGAGCAGCUUUCCGAUUUGUUUGUGUGUUUUUAAGUAACGCAUGCAGUAUGUAACUCAAGUGAGUCUUUUAUUCCUUGUGAGGCCGUCCAAGGUGCUGUUCAAACUCAACUCAUGCACCUUCAGUACACAACUUCAGCAAUUUAUUUUCUUUGCUGUGCAGAUGAGAUUCAA